GAUAAAUCGACGUAUCCAUCAGUUUACGAGCGACCAUCGAUCAAAAGCCCUAUAGUGAAAAGAAGUCGGAAAAACGGAACAACAUCCAGUGUGAAAAACGUUCAAAUAGCUGUGCUUGGGAAAGACGGCGUUGGAAAAUCAGGUCAGUAGAGCUAUAAAUAUGAUCCACUUCACAGAGUUUGCAAGUCAGUGAUGUGCAUACAAAUAGGUUGGUUUAUGAUCAUCCCUAACCUUAAUCAAGAUGAGUAGUACUUUAUUUUCCCUUAACCAAAAGAGCCCUGUCAAAUUCACGAGAGCUGCGUACAUAGGUCUAACAUAAUCAAAACGGAAAGGGAAAAUCUUGAAGCAUAAGUGUCUUCAAACCGCAAUUACUGUUCGUGACUCAACACUGAGAAAGAACCGAAGCAGAACUGUUUAUAUUAAUCAAAUCACUCGAGUUCAAGAAAGAUUGGGCCGGCUGACUCAAUGGCGAAGAAUUCACGGUCUUGCAUGAUAUAAAAUGACUAAAAUAUGUUUGAUGGCGUGACUGACAUAAAACAAACUAUUUUCUUGACGGGAAAAGCCGUGAAAGAAUUUUGCAACUGUUUUUACAAACAGUGGGCGAAUUAUGACCCGGUGCGAAGGCCUUUAACGUAAAGACUUCAUGGCUAGACAAUUUCCGCAAUGCGAUUGAAGGGCCGAUUAUUGAAUCUUUUGAAAACGAAAGCUGUCUCGAUUCAUUUUACAAGAUCCAUUUUGCGCCAUCAUUGACACAGUUUGUUUUUAGAGGCACAAUUGUUUAUUUACUAUAUAAAUAAUAAAAAAUUACUUUAGUCGUUUCGAAGUCAUUUUGUCACAGACGAUUUCUAAUAACGCAUUUUCUCUUUAUUUCCAACACUUUCCACGUACUGAUAAUUUUUUUUCCGUAUGUUACGAUUGGAUUAUUUCAGGAUUACUCGUUUACCACGACCUCGGAUUAACGGUUAAUAAAAAAGUUCAUUAAGUUGUUUAAGACUUGUUUACAAGUGUUCUUUACAAGGCAAACAGAGUUCACAUAUGUCAAUGUCAAAUUAUCGCUUCAUUACGCCCUCGAUUCCAAACCGUAGGCAAUAUUAAACUCAGUGCAACACUGAUUUCCUACAAAUGCUGUUCACAGACUUGUAUUAAAUGGCUUAUUAUCCAAAAAUAGAUUUAUCAACGCUCAAAAAAAUUCUUUGGCAAACUGAACAGCGAUCCGUUGGCUGUUCAGCCUUGUAAGGGCGUGUUUACAAGGCGUUGAAAGAACCCCACAGGCGCUUAGAAGACUUCACGUUAGUAGGAACUUGUUAAAGUGGCGUACUAGGAAUGGACAAUUUCCCAUUCAAAUCAACCUUUAAAAUCAAAAUUAAGAUAUUCGAUGUUUUAAAUCUUUUGAUACUGUUUCCUUUGCUUGUUUUGAAAUUCAAGUUAACCUUGGCACACUUCACUUAUGCCGACCACAAUACUCAAUUUGUCGCAUUGUGUAAACCACACAAUGUAUUUAUUUUCAGCCACUGACCCAUAUGUAGCCGAUAAGAAAACGCGCCCACCCGCCUUCUCUGACAAUUAUUGAAGUCACGAAAGAUAUUACUUAUCUGCAAAAGAUACUUUUCAGCCACCAAGGACUCUUGUUCUGAUCAGAGGCACGCAUAGGCCCUAACACACCGAAAAAAUAAAAUAAAACCUGCAAGAUUGAUUCUAAAUGAAAAAGAACGCGAAAGAAGUCUUUAUCCCGAGAGCCUGCAGCUUGUUUUGAUUACUUCCCAGUUCCGCUCAACACUUUAAAGUUUAUUCAUCACCACCAAUGAUCACGAGAGUGUAAAAUUAUACUGAGUAAUUUCAGUAGAAUCACGCAAAGACGGCAGGCAGAUACUCGCCAACUGAAAUAGUUCAUCUUCCAGCUGUUUUACGGUAAACAGUGCUGUUAUCUAAAAGAGUUUAUCUCAAACUUUGACGCAAUUAUGUUCUUGAAUCAAAAACCAAUUUCUCCUCAUGUGAUUGCGCGGGUCACAGCUAUCUCGAAAUCUCGUUUAAACUGCUUUUCUUUUCACUAUAGAGUUUCAAUACACCGGUAAUCUAAGUAGCAUUUUCCUACCCUCCAUAUUAGUAUUAGAGCACUCUGGCAUGGCUUAGAUGAUACCACAUUAAUUUUUUGUAGGAUCAUUUGGGGUGGCUUAAAAGCUUAACCUAGCAUCAGCACUGUACUGAUGAGGCCCAGAAGGCCGAAACAGUACUGUCUGCAGUUAAGAACUACCACUCACCCUUGUUAGAUCUUUCAGGGGCCGUACAUAUCGUAUUUGCUGCGUCGAUUGUCGGAUGUCCAAUGUGACUUCAUACAUUACAUGACAGUCAAAUUACAAGGCCGCUUAGCGGCCACAAUUCCCAACAAAAUUUAUAUAUACAGUCAAAGUCAAGGUAGAGGUACUUUGCAGUUGCACCGAAUUUAGGCAAAAUCACUUCGUAUUAAAAAGUUGAUUGCACGUUUUAAGGUGGGUAAUAGAUGUCUCUAAAUUAUUUUGUUCAUCCUCCCCCUUUUUAGCAUUCACCGUCAGAGCUUUAACUAGGCGAUUUAUAGGAGAGUACGACAAAACGUUAGGUAAGUCGGUUAUUUUGACUGGCAGGGCAGUAAACUGAUAUGUUACUUGCUGUGAAGUUAAUUCUAAGCCAAAUGGCCCUCCCUUGCAGAGUUAUCAACUAAUCAUGAUCAGUCCUUGUGCUGAUGGCAGCGUUAAGAUAAACAGAGCUUAGAUAAACACUUAUUAUCGCGGAAAUAUGUCGCUGGAUUACACGCAAAUCCUCAUAGCCAGAUUAAUGUGGUUUGUAAAGGUUUUUUUAACUGUCUAAGCAUAAUAUUUUCAGUUCGACAACGACUAAGUCAACUGCGAGGCAAAAAGAAAACAUAUCAUAAUUCAUUCCUUGAUCCUAGUUCGAUAAAUCUUUGCUGCAAUACCCAAACACAUACCAAAGGUGAUCUCACAAGCCACAGCGCCCAUUAGGUCUCUAUAGAAGCUGUAAGUCGGGAUAACUUGUUCGUCGUUGAACAAGGGCUUUCAGGGACUUAAAGCACGCUCAACCUGAGAAAAAUGCGAAAAGAGUAAGAGAGAGAAUUAAAAGGGCCAUAAGGUACGAAACUGUGAAAAGGUGUUAGUUAUAACGCCUGCAUCUUUUAAUAUAGGACUGAAAAAAAAAAUUGAUACGUAGUAGUAUAAUUCUGCUGAUCUAUCUGAUCAUUUUCCCAUAUGAACCCUAUGAUGGGUAUCACAAUCACUCCCAUCCCCUUCCCGUCAUUCAUUCCUUAGGGUGCAUGAAACUAUAACGAAGUGACAGAGGUUUGUCGACGUAAAACGCGUCGAAUCUAACUAAACCAUCUUUUAGCUUCUUUGCUUGUAUUCACGUUGCUCCCACUAAUCUCUCAAAGCAGGAAGGGCUAAAAUAAUUAAUUAUAUCGCAUAGCUUGCCUCCAAAUAAUUUAAAAGGUCACUUCUGAGCUCAGACCAACUCGUCUUACGCCAGCAGUCGGAAAUGAAAUACCAAAUACUGUUUUCUAGCCCUUGUUUUGGCUAGUUAUCCCCACCCCCACCCCCUUAGGAGGGGAGUUCUCAUCAUUUUAUUUUUUUUCGGGAGCAGUGUUGUAAGUAACGCUUUUGGUAUCACUAAGUGGGUGGACUUUAAAUCACAUGGACGAGUUGGUUGGAAUAGUAACGAAUGCAUUUUGAUGAAUGGACGACAACCCAAUUUUUCAGACGUUUUCACGGGCGUUGCCGUUGUUAAAUCGCAAGGUCCCAGUAAGUUAAAACACGUCAAGUACACCAUUUAGCAUUACAUAUAAAACCCCGAACCAAUUCCUUUAUCAUUAAAAAGGUGACCAAUGAUGAAUGAGGUAAAGUCAAAACAUUUGCCACGUUGCUACAAACUUUUGACACAUUCCCGUAAGUUUAUCUAUGCUUUGUCCUACAGAAUGCACAUAUCGUCAUCAUGUCGAGCUGGAUGGACAGUUUCUCUCACUGGAUGUGUUAGACACAGCAGGCAAGGUCAGUAUUCCAACUAACAGGAAUGUGAUCCAAUAAGCGGUAAAAAAAGAAAUACAAAGCAAGCUGCAGAUGAUAGUAAACCUGAAAUAAAUUUAUCCAAAAACAAAAUAUUUAGACUGGUUAGGCAAGCUGCUUUUGUAAAGACGCAUAAAACUGCUAGAAUUUUACCUAAAAUUCUGUUAUACGAAGACAUCUGGCGCCAAACCAUCGAUUUUCAUGACUUUAAGAAGCUAAGAGGUGGAUAAUAGUUUUACAAUGUAGUUAGCACUCGUGCUAAAACAACAUCAACCAAUUAAAUUACUGGACGUUUCGUGCGCACAAGGAGAACAGCAAAAUGAUUUUUUUUCCUCGUGUAUUUAGCGAACUAAAAGGGAAAAUGAAGAAUAUUCGGUGUACAGCCUUACCUAAGAUACAAAGAACCAGCAUCGAUAAAUUUUUUCUCGGGGCUGCAGUCAGCGGAAAUAUUUACCAAUUAAAAAGGUACUGGUUGUUUAAAAGUAUCUCCUUAAAAAAAGUAUCUGAUAUCAGAGAAAGUGUGUGGAGAUAAUAUGACGUAUAUGCAAGCUGGCAUACGGGCUAGAACAUUGCAUUACCAUCAAACUUUGUGACGUUUUUGUGAAACUAUUGUUUGGGGGAUGAUAUUUUUCGAUCCCGCAGUUAGGGAAGAAGUCAGGGAGAAUCUCAGUUCUAGGCCAGGGGUUAAAUUAGUGAGGGACCAAAUCUUGCAAAACAUCUUUUGAUUAGGUGAAAAAAUGUAGAGAAAAUUACAGGAACUGAGAAUUAAAAAAAGCGGAAAACAUGUCUAAUACCAGGUUGGGCAAUAGCUAGGAACUUGUUUCGUUCCGGCACUGAUUAGCUGAGCCCAAAAUGACCACUAUGAUGUGGACUAAUUAUGUCGAAGAAAUAACGUGCAUUUUCAUUUCUUCGCAGAACUCUUUGGAAAAGAUCGACAACUGCGUUCACUCGGGAUCAGACUUGUUUUUCGUCCUCUACUCCACAACAGAUCGCUCAUCUUUUGAAGAAGCCUCACUUCUCUGCCAAUACCUUCUAAAAACAAAGAACGUUAAUCCGGCUUGUCUCAUUCUUCUAGGAAAUAAGACUGACCUGAAGCACUUCCGAGAAGUUCAUGAGUAUGAGGGUCGCCUUUUGGCACAAGCCCUGGAAUGCGGCUUCUACCAGCUCUCUGCAUCAGAAGGAUUCGAUGAUUCUCAAAAUGUUCUUUACAACACUCUUAGACAGUUUGUGAACGCACAGAAAAAGGGAUCUCCUUCAGUUAGGGUGUUUAUUGACAAUGUGCUCAGCCGAAAGAAGUCAGUUUCAUAG